AUGACUGAUGUAAAUAAUCAAAGAGGCCCAGAUGUCUGGUCUCCACGUGAGUUGAAAGAGUGGUUGGCCGAAAAUAGAGUAUAUUAUAAAGGAAUCCCAGAGAAAGAUGAACUAGUGGUCUUGGUGAAACGUCAUUGGAGAGAUACGAAACAAAAGGAAGACACGAUUACGUCUUAUGUUGAUGAAUUCGUGAAAUAUCUGGAAAGUUACGCCACCGCGGGUAAGGAAGUCACAAAAGAAAAUGCGAAUGCAUUAGCUGAAGAGAUUGCUAAAAACGCUGAAUCAAUACGAAUUGGCUUUGGCAUCACCGAGGAUAAGAUGGCAUCAGUCUUUGAUCAAGUAAAGUCUCGCAUGUCGGGAGCCAAAGACGAAACAAGUAAGCAGAUCAGCAGUACUUUCAAUGAUAUCAGCCGAUCAUAUGCUUCUGCUAAAUCCAAGAGAGACGAGAUAAUAAACGAAGGGACAAAGCGCAUCGCGGCAGACUACAAGAAAACAAAAAAAGUCUCUCAAGAUACUAUCCAAUGGCUCAACGACCGAGUCGACGAGCUGAGUAAGGCUCCAGGAUUCGCCAAGUCGAGAGUCCAAACUCAAACUAUACUUAUUCUCCGCGGCAUUGAAGAAAAUCUGGUUUCUACCAUGAAGACAUCAACCAAAGAUGUUGAAAAAAUUGCCAAUCAACUAUCAUCUGCACUUGGCGAACCAUAUGGAAAGACCAAGAAUAUAUUCAAGCGUAUCGGCAGCGGGAUUUAUAACACGAUUGCUGGGACAUGGCGUGCAGUUGUUUACGUCAAGAGGAAGGUGGUCGACGGAACGGAAUACACGAUAAACCGAAUUAUUGCUGUAAAGAAUGGAGUAGCACAUUUCGUUGGUAGGAUUACGGGUAGAGCUAAAAAGACGGCUCUUGAAACCAAACAAGCUCAACAAGAACGAUUUGCUUACUUGACCGAUUACCUGCGAGACACUGUCAAGUCUUCUAAAGAGCCGAUCGCCAAGGUAUUGGCUAAUGUUGAGAAUCGAAUUGUUACCACCGAGAAAUUAACAAAAGAUCAAGCGAAGGUUGUCCAGGAAACUUUGAAAGAGAAAUUAGGUAACAUAAAAGACGCAAAGGAUUUGACCGAAGAUCGUAUAAAUGAUGCCAUCAACGCUUUAUGUAAGAAAUUUACAAGCACUGGUGAUGAUAGAUGUUGUGAAAAGUGUAAGAAGUAUGAGCAAGUGGAACAGAUCGUCAAAUCGGAGUUGUAG